AUGUGUGGAGGAGGUAAUAGCCUGGUGGUUUUAACACUGAACUGUUACGAUGCAGACAAAAGAGAACUGCAGAUGCCCGCCAAGAGACGGAAGAUGUCAGACAAGAUCCUACCGCAGAGGAUCCGGGAGCUGGUCCCCGAAUCCCAGGCCUACAUGGACCUCCUGGCCUUCGAGAGGAAACUCGAUCAAACCAUCAUGAGGAAGAGAGUGGACAUACAGGAGGCUCUGAAAAGACCAAUCAAGCAAAAGCGGAAGUUGAGGCUCUACAUCUCGAACACCUUCAACCCGGCUCGGAGUGAGACUGAAGACUCCGACAGUAGCAUCGCCUCCUGGGAACUCCGAGUGGAGGGAAAGCUCCUCGAGGAUGUGAGUGGUCUGGACAAGCAGCAGGAGAUUUGAAGUGGUGAAUAUGUGUGUGUGGUUCUUCUGCAGUGGCACCGGACCCCCACAACCCAGGAGACCGAUGGCUUCCAGGUGAAGAGACCGGGUGAUGUCAGUGUGCGGUGUACAUUGUUGCUCAUGCUUGACUACCAGCCGCCCCAGUUUAAGUUGGACCCUCGGUUGGCACGCUUACUAGGAAUUCACACUCAGACUCGAUCGGCCAUCGUACAGGCUCUGUGGCAGUACAUCAAAACCAACAAACUACAGGACUGUCAUGACAAGGAGUACAUCAGCUGUGACAAGUACUUCCAGCAGAUAUUUGAUGGUCCCCGGUUAAAGUUCUCUGAGAUUCCCCAGAGACUGACCACCUUGCUGCUCCCUCCAGAUCCAAUCAUCAUCAACCACCUCAUCAGUGUGGAUCCAAACGAUCAAAAGAAAACAGCCUGUUAUGAUAUCGAUGUGGAGGUCGAUGACCCUCUGAAAGGUCAGAUGAGCAGUUUCCUGCUCUCUACAGCCAAUCAGCAGGAGAUUGCUGCACUCGAUAACAAGAUCCACGAGACGAUCGAAUCCAUCAACCAGCUGAAGAUUCAGAGAGACUUCAUGCUGAGUUUCUCCAAGGACCCAGAGGGCUACAUUCAAGACUGGCUGAGAUCCCAGAGUCGUGACCUGAAGAUCAUGACGGAUGUGGUUGGGAAUCCAGAGGACGAGCGACGAGCUGAUUUUUAUCAGCAACCGUGGUCACAGGAAGCUGUCAGCAGAUACUUCUACUGCAAGAUACAACAGCGGAGACAGGAACUGGAGCAAGCCAUGGGAGUGCGCAACACCUAAAGCAAUCUCUCGGACAAUCAUCACCACUGGAAUAGACACGACACUGCCUCCCAGGACACUUACAAACAGGAGCCAGCCUCUGUCAUUGGCCUCUUCCCAAUUGCUUGCCGUGAUCGUUUGGGUCUUGCACCUUCUCUUC